GGCACCCACCCCUAAGCCAAGCCCCACGCCACCCACGAAGCUGGGGCGGGCGCGGGUUGAAAUUUAACCACCAGGCUCGGGGCUUUGGGUGAGUUUUUACAAAAGAGGUAGGACCACCCCGCUCCUCAUUGUCCGACCGAGGUGAGGACGGAGAGUAGAAGAGCCUCCGUCCUGCUUCGGGCCCUGGGGAGCGGCCAGAAGAUGCUCAGGGCCCCGCUGUCCUGCAGGAGCCACGUGACGUCUUCGGCUUUGUCGGGCCUGGUCAGGCAGCGGUGGGGGACCCUUCGCGGUCACUGGCUACGGCCGGAGCAAUGGUGCGUGCAGGCUCCCUGCGGCCCGAGGAGGAGGAAUAACGCUGUGCACCCACUCUGGAAGGACCCCGCCUCCUCGCCAGGGGGCACCCGGCCAUCCCCUAUCAACAUCCGCUGGAGGGACAGCGUCUACGACCCCCAGCUGCAGCCCCUCAGCGUCUCCUACGAUGCGGCCGCCUGCCUCCACGCCUGGAACACCGGCUACCUCCUUCAGGUGGAAUUCGACGACUCCACCGAUUGGUCAGGAAUCAGCGGUGGGCCCCUGGAGAACCCCUACAGACUAAAGCAGUUCCACUUCCACUGGGGAGCGGUGGACGAGUGGGGCUCCGAGCACACAGUGGAGGACCACGCGUACCCCGCCGAGCUGCAUCUGGUUCACUGGAACGCUGUGAAAUAUCAGAAUUACAGAGAAGCUGCAAUGGGAGAACAUGGCCUGGCUGUCAUCGGCGUAUUUUUAAAGCUGGGGGCCCGCCACGAGGCGCUGCAGGAGCUGCUGGAGGUCCUGCCAGACAUUAAACACAAGGACUCGCGGGCGGCCCUGGGCCCCUUCCAGCCCGCCUGCCUGCUGCCCACCUGCCGAGAUUACUGGACGUACCCGGGCUCCCUGACCACGCCCCCGCUCUCCGAGUCCGUCACCUGGAUCGUCUGUAAGAAGCCCAUUGAGGUGGCUCAGGACCAGCUCGCUGCGUUUCGCACGCUGCUGUUUUCUGCUCUGGGGGAGAAAGAGGAGGCCAUGGUGAACAACUACCGCCCACUCCAACCCCUGAUGAAGCGGAAGGUCCGUUCGUCCUUCCAGACCCCUGAGGACAGCCCGGCAGCCUGACCUCACUACGUCCAAGCUAAGGGUCCAACUGACGACAAAGUACUGGUUCCCAGGUUUUGGAGUCUGAUCCUGUGUAACCUCUGCAAUUAAAAAGACAGAAGGAGAUCAUGAUUUUAGCACAUGUGCUUUGCAGUCCCAAGGAAAAGAAUCACUUCAAAGAAGCCCAAGUGCAGGAGCGCGUGGAGGUCUUGGACCCAGAGCAUCUGGGCAGCUCACUGCAGCACAGGGACCUCAGGGGGCCGGCAAGCGCUCCCCCAGGCCCAGGCUUUCCCGUGUCCAGACGGGCGCCCUGUUUCUCGCGUGGUUCCCCGGUGACACAGAGACUGUCCCAGUUCCGAAUUCCCGGGCGUAUCUGUCUGGGGCUGCUGUGGCAGGUGAAUGGGCUGAUGGACACAAUCCAGCCCAUAGCAGCCACACGCUGGGGGCUGAAACAACGGAAACUUCUCGCUCCACAGUUCUGGAGCCAGAAGGCCAAGUUCAAGGUCUGGGCAGGGCCGGUUCCUUUUGGAGCUCCAGGGGAGAAUCGCUUCCUCGCUUUCUCCAGCUUCCAGAGGCACCUGCUUCCUUGGCUGGCAGCCCCUUCCUGUGACUUCAAAGCGCAGGAGUUUUCCUAAGCGGUUGCUCAGACCUGCUGCCAUUUAAUUGCAGUCACACUGGAGGGUGCGGCGUGGUUUCUCACUGUGGUUUUGUUUUUGUUUUUUUUUUAAAUUGUGGAAAAAUACACAUAAUGUAAAAUUACCCCUUAACCGUGUUUAAGGGCUCAGGGCAGCGGUAUUCAGUACACUCAGGUUGCUGUAUAAGCAUCGUUCCCUCUCCGUUGCUGUCCCCAUUUUGUAAGACUGAGACUCGGUCCCUCUUAAACACGAACUCCCCCGCCCCCAGCCCUCGGCACCCCCCCCCCCAUCCUACUUUCUGUCUCUGUGACUGUGAUGCUUCUAGGAAUUAAACUCAGGGGAGUCACACA